CGGUUUGCUCAAUAAAGAAGUCACUCUGGUCAGUCCUAUAAACCAUCUUUUGGUUUCUCUCCCCUUGCCAGAGAAAGCCACAAAUUUCAAAACGUCGGCCGAGAACUUGUCUAUGUAUUCGCCCUACGUCAGAGAUUUCGAACACCAUCUGCCGCUCAAGCUGCAAACGUUUCGCAUCGCGUCGAAACCUUGUAGUAUACACUCUAAGUCCUGUGGCUGAAAUUCCCUGGACUAUCCUGCACGUUGUGACAAUCGUUCCCUCGAGACGAUCGUAAACCGCCACCAUUCCACCCAAUCAAGGAAUUCACUACGCAUGUCUUGUUUCGUCAAGAUAUCCCUAGUUCAGACUUCCCUUCGCUCCCUACUGAUACCCAUUUCGUGAAGAAUUAAUCAUUCAUCACCGUCACCAUGGCCACUGUCAACAUUCGCCGGGAUGUUUCCGAUCCCUUCUACCGUUACAAGAUGGAACGCUUGCAGUCCAAGAUUGAAGGCAAGGGUAACGGAAUCAAGACUGUCAUCGUCAAUUUGAACUCUGUUGCCAACUCUCUCAGUCGUCCCCCUUCUUAUGUGAUCAAGUACUUCGGAUUUGAGCUGGGUGCCCAGGCCAACGCCAAACCCAGUGAUGAACGCUGGAUCAUCAACGGUGCCCACGAUGCUCCUAAGCUCCAGGACUAUCUUGAUGGCUUCAUUUCCAAAUUCGUCCUCUGCAAGAAGUGCAAGAAUCCUGAAACGGAUGUUAACAUCAAGGACGAAAAGAUCACCUUGGACUGCAAGGCUUGUGGUCAGCGCUCGGAUGUCGAUCCUCGUCUUAAGCUGAGCACUUUCAUCGUCCGGAAUACCCCCACCAAGGGAGGAAAGAAGGACAAGGCCUCCAAGAAGGCCCGCCGUGAGCAGAAGAACCAGAAAAAUGGUGAAAAGGAUGGCAGCCCUGGAGACAGCAAUGGCUCUGAGAAUGGGGAUGGCGACGAGGAAGUUGCCCUCGAGGCCGGCAGUGACGAUGAGCUCACUCGUCGCAUCAAGUCUGAGGCCCAGGCAAUUGAAGCCGAAAAGGAGAUCGAAGAUGACGAAUGGGCCGUUGAUGUGUCUGAAGAGGCCGUCAAGGCUCGUGCCAAAGAGCUUCCCGACGACCUGAAGCGUUCUCUUGUGAUUGAAGAUGGUGACGAGGAUGGUGCCGACGGUGCUUCCUCUUACGACCAGCUUGGCAGCUGGAUCAUCAGCACUGCUGAGGAGAAGGGCGGUGUCGCCAACGUCGGCGAUGUGGACAUUUACAAGAAGGCCAAGGAAUUCGGUAUUGAGUCCAAGCACAAGACCUUGGCUGUUCUCGCUCAGGCUAUCUUCGAUGACAAGAUUGUCAAGCAGAUCCCUAGCCGAGCAGCGCUGCUUCAGAAGUUGAUCACCUCUGAGCGCCACGAGAAGGCAUUCCUUGGAGGCACUGAGCGCUUCGUCGGCAAGGAUCGUCCUGAGCUCUUGCCCCAGAUCCCGGCCAUCCUUUUGGGCUACUACCAAGAGGAUCUUGUGUCUGAGGAAACCCUCAAGGCAUGGGGUGCCAAGGCUAGCAAGAAGUAUGUCGACAUUUCAACUAGCAAGAAGAUCCGCAAAACCGCCCAACCAUUCCUCGAGUGGCUUGAAAAUGCCGAGAGCGAUGAGGAGGAAAGCAGCGAUGAGGAAUAGACAAAUCAUCUCACUCCUUAUGAUCUUCAUCAGAUCAGUCUAGUUGCUAUGUUCGUUUUGCUUUGAUUUGCUCCUCUAUUUCCUAUCCUUCAGUGAUUUUACACUCUUUACAAGCACGCCAAAGCCAUGUCUUUGGC